AGAAUGAAACAAAAUAUAAAAUACAAUUGGUUGCAGCUUUAUCUCCUCAUCUUCUAAAAUUUAAGUGAAAUCAGUAUUGUUUAAUUUUUUGUUGUUAUUUUAUAUCAAAAAGUUUUGCAAAUUUUUCUUUUCUUUUUUAAAAGAAGUUUUGAAGUUUACAGUCAAUAUUGUGUGUGAAAUAUAUUUUGUUGCCAACUAAACUCCAGAGCAUCUUAUAAUAAACAUUUAUCUUUAAAAUGCAGGCGAACCCUUCUGCUGGCGACAAUGACAAUGAGACAGCGAAUCAUAUUCAGUGCCUUGGAUCUAUAAAGAAAUUAAUAUUGUUUAACAAUAUUCGGUUACGGCUGCUAGAGCAAUUAUGCUCUUUAGAUGUCAAAGCAGAAUCGCACAUGUGUUUCGUCAAUGAACUGAAUACGUUUUUCCGACAUCGCACUAUCGUAGAAUCGGAGCAUAGUCGGGGUCUCGAAAAAAUUCUUAACUAUUUGCAAUCCAAUAUUUGCAAAUCACAGAGUUCUGUGCAAUGGCCGUCUCAAAGUUCUUAUUGCUGUUGGGACCUGCUUAUUAAUGAGACAUGGUCCCUAGCCAACGAUUACAGUUCUUUAUCGGAAAUAUAUAAUAUCGAUGUGGUAUAUAAAUUACAAAAAAUUCAACUUGUAUACAAUAAGUACUAUGAGCUCCUUUCCGAAACACACGAGGAAAUAUUGCGAAUACUUCGGAAUUUUUAUACAACUAUCACAACUUAUAAUAUUUAUAAGAAAAAUCAAUACUCAAGUGAUAAACUAGAAGCCAUCAAAUCUCGAAGCAUAUAUAAGCAUUUCACAGAGACAUCGAACGUAGAUAUUCAUAAAAAUAUGUUGAGAGACCUUAAAGAUAUUUUCAAUAGUAUGGAUUUAGGUUUUGGUUUAAUGGUAUCUAAAGCAAUCCUUGCUCAUGUAAGUUCGGAGCAAAAGUUAUUUAAAAAUAGACUACACUGUCUUAAUGAAGAAGAUUUAUCUCGAAACGCCGCCGGCGUGGAUUGCAAAAACAAAUCAAUCGAACAAAACUGCGAUCAUUUUUCAAAACAAAAUAUUCCAAAAUUACUUCGCCAAUCUAACCAUAAUAACACUGAAGGAAUUGAAAGCUUGUUGCAUUUCGAAUUUGAGCUUCAAACACAAUUGUUAAACCUCAGAGAGAAAAAACUACGUAAGAAUUUGGAAGUUAUUUAUGGUAUAUUAGACACACGAGAAAUGAAAACAGCCAAUUUUGUAAGAACUAAGAAAAGUAUGAAUGCAUAUGAUAACGGCAGCCAAAUCGAUAUCAAACCUAAAACCUGUGCGGUGAAAAGCUUAUCAAAUUCAGGUUUAUCAACGAUGAUUAAACAAAUUGCCUUCAAAACUAACGCUAAUAUAAAUGCAAGUGAAAGUAAAGCUAAAGUCAACUUAGCCAAUGUCCAGAUUCGUCCAAAAUUAUUUGGAGGAUCUCUUGAAGAAUAUUUAAAAAUUACAAACGAACCAAUUCCUUUGAUUUUGAGAAGUUGCAUUAGAGUUAUUAGGAAGUAUGGUCUUCAUAGCCAUGGCAUUUUUCGAGUAUCUGGGUCUCAGAUUGAGAUAAUGAAUUUUCGUGAAAGCUUUGAACGCGGAGAGGAUCCACUGGUUGGGGCUUCAGAUGCGUCAGAUAUGAAUUCAGUUGCGGGUGUCUUAAAAUUGUAUUUGAGAGAACUUCAAGAACCUCUAUUCCCAAGCAAAUACUUUGGUUUUUUCAUAUCAAUCCAACAUUUAGAUUCCGAACAGGAAGUUGUUGGAGAGAUGAGAAAUUUUUUUAGAGCAAUUUCACAACCUGUUGUUAUUGUAAUUCGCUUUUUGUUUGGGUUUUUAAAUCACUUGUCUGAAUAUUCAUCUACUAAUAUGAUGGACGCAUUCAAUUUGGCUAUUUCAUUCGGCCCCACUUUAAUGCCUACUCCGGAAGAUAAAAAGCAAGUGCAAUACCAAACACAAUUAAAUGAGUUGAUAAAAAUCAUCAUUAUGAACUAUCAAGAAAUAUUUCCAAAUGAUCUCGCGGGGCCUCGAUAUCAUAAGCAUGGAGCUGACAACUAUUUCAGUGAUAGCAGUAAUGAUGCAGCUGAAUAAUCAUAUAAAGAUGAUAAGGGUAUUCACGCAACGUCGAAAAACCACUAGAUAAGUUUCUAUACAUCUUGGUAUUGCCAAAAUUUGUAUCAGAAAUGCGUGAAGUAGUCAUAUACCUUUUAUAAGAAAUGAUUGAUAAGUCAUUAUAACUUUUUGAAUCAGGUUUGUUAAAAAAUAUGAGAACUACAAAUAAAAAACAAACGGCUCCAAUUUCAUAAAUCGGUUCGGAGAAGUUUACUUUUGAAUAAUACCUCAGAAAUAUGUCGCACACCUAAUGUGCCAAUUCAUUUUUGUACGCAACAUUUGAUGUUGCUGCAAAGCUUUUAUCCAAAAAAAAUCAAAAAGUUGUUUAAACUUUUGUGCAAACGCACGGUCGACGUUCCAUGAAUGCCCUUAACAUUUUUACAACUGUUGCUGAAACGUUGUUCAAUCCUGUUUUCGUAUUUUAUUUUAUUUUAUUUUAUUUUAUUUUAUUUUAGUAAAUAUGUAAGAUCUUAUGUCCUAUAAUUAUAAAACAAGGAUUUACAUAGAUUUAUUUUUUUAUUUUUGUCAAUAAAAUAUUUCAAGUAA